AAAAAGACGUUGAAAUAAGAAAAUACUUCGCGUUGAACAAAACGUAGUCGCUACGUGAAGGUUAUGGAGUAGUGAUGGCAGUAUCGUAAAAUUUACUUUGAAGUAAAUACGAGAAACAAAACAAAUACUUUCAAAGUACCUAGUUGGGUUGGUGAUCAAAAAGAAAGUUACAAUAGACACGGCACAAUGUUGACGGGAUGGAGGCUUACUUUAUCGAAAUUUUUCAUAAUACCCCAGCGGUAUGUCAUGGCAGUGAUGUCCCUGUUGGCCGUGGCCAACGCAUAUACCAUGAGGGUAUGCCUUAAUUUGGCCAUCACCCAGAUGGUCAAGAAAGGCAACUCGGAGUCGGGACAUUAUGACCCUUAUGCCUGCCCUGACGCGAGUAUAGUGAGCAACACUACGAAACAUAUUGUUUGGAGGGAUGAAACUGUUCUUUUCCAAUGGAGUGAAGCAACUCAAGGUCUGAUCCUGGGUUCAUUUUAUUAUGGCUACGUCCUCACUCACAUCCCUGGAGGCAUGUUGGCCGAGAGGUUCGGAGGGAAGUGGGUCCUCGGGCUGGGCCUCCUCUGCACCGCCGUUUGUACCAUCAUCACUCCCGUCACGGUCAAACUGGGAGGAGCCCCUGCUUUGUUCAUAUUGAGAGUCAUCGAGGGAUUGGGAGAGGGUCCAACGAUGCCAGGUCUCAUGGCUAUGCUUUCCCGCUGGGCGCCUAAAGUGGAACGUGCCAGAUUCGGAGCCAUUGUUUUCGGAGGGGCCCAAAUAGGGAACAUCGCUGGCUCGUACUUUUCUGGACUGAUCAUGCAUAACGGGAGCUGGGAGAGCGUGUUUUAUAUGUUUGGAGGACUGGGCAUCAUGUGGUUCAUACUUUGGAGCUUCCUUUGCUACAGUACGCCCAACACCCACCCAUUCAUCUCUGACGCCGAGAGAAAAUAUCUGAACGAAAACGUGGACUCGUUGAUGGGAACCAAGAAACAGAUGGACCCCAUCCCAUGGAAGGCCUUACUUCGAUCUGUGCCUCUUUGGGCACUGAUCAUUGCUGGUAUUGGCCACGAUUGGGGUUACUUCACCAUGGUGACGGAUCUCCCCAAGUACAUGACAGACGUUCUCAAGUUCAACAUCAAGUCUACGGGAAUACUAUCAGCCCUGCCAUACGUUGCCAUGUGGAUCGCAUCUUUCUUCUUCGGUCUUCUCUGCGACUUCUGCGUCAAGAGAGGAUACCACAGUAUCAAGAAUGCCAGGAAAAUUUACACAACAAUUGCGGCCACUGGUCCUGGUAUCUGCAUCAUUAUGGCUUCCUACUCCGGCUGUGACACCACCAUGGCGGUCUUCUGGUUCGUCUUCGCCAUGGUGCUCAUGGGGGCGUACUACAGUGGUAUGAAGAUCAACCCCCUAGACAUCAGUCCCAACUACUGCGGGACAACCACUGCUAUGGUCAACGGGAUCGCUGCCAUCUCUGGGAUUAUAUCGCCUUACCUCAUUGGACUGUUGACGCCUGAUUCAACUCUCAAACAAUGGCGGAUUGCGUUCUGGGUGUGCCUUGGAGUGCUGGUUGUUACAAACAUCAUCUACAUCAUCUUCGCCAAGGGUGAGCAGGAGUGGUGGGAUGACGUCAAGAAAAAUGGCUACCCCACCAACUGGCAACACGGACCUUUAAAGAUGAACCCAAAAGACUCAGAAAACCAAACAACAGAAGAAAGUGAACAAAAGAAAGACAAUAAUUAAAUGACUGGAUCUUAGGUUACUUAUGUAAUUUUAAAUUGACGACUUAAUUUAUUGUAAUGUAUGUCAUAAGUGUAAAUAAAUGUUAGUUAUUAUGCC